AUCUUAACUGCGCAUGCCUCAAGAAAAUAAUCACCUACGCUCAUAUUACAAAGAAUAAAAUUGUAUUUGGUUAAAUAAAAGUAGGUAACUAAUUGUCCUCGGUGAAGCGAUAUUCUUAAAAUCGCCGAGAGGUUCCAAAGUUUUACUAUUUGAUAUUUAUUAUUAAUUAAACAUAUUUCAUACAUAGUGCUCUUCUUGUAAUUAUAAAUCAUGUCAGAUGAAGUAAAUCCAAAAGCUUAUCCUUUAGCAGAUGCCACACUUACAGCAAAAAUACUUAAUUUAGUUCAACAAGCAUUAUAUUAUAAACAGCUUAGAAAAGGAGCAAACGAAGCAACUAAAACUCUUAAUCGUGGUUUAUCAGAAUUCAUUGUAAUGGCUGCAGAUGCUCAACCACUAGAAAUUUUACUUCAUUUGCCAUUAUUAUGUGAAGAUAAAAAUGUUCCAUAUGUAUUUGUAAGAAGUAAACAAUCUCUUGGAAGAGCUUGUGGUGUAUCCAGACCAGUUGUAGCAUGCUCUAUUACUGUUAAUGAAGGUUCACAAUUAAAACCACAAAUACAAGCUAUUCAACAAGAAAUUGAACGUCUCUUAGUUUAAAGCUAUAAAUGAUAUAAAUUUUUUAAAUAUUUUUUUUUAAUAUAAAAAACAACAAUGAAG